CUACAAAGAUCACCAGUGGGUUGGGUGUUGAAGUGAUCACUAGAGUGUCCAUAAUGUGUCCAUUGGACUUGCUUUUCUAACCAGGCUUUAGAACAAUGUGGACAGUACAGGUCACAGUUAAAUUGAAAGAGCCAGAGGCUGCAGUUAUUAUGUCAGCUUUAGAAGUAACUGAGGAAUUUCUUCUCAACCAGACAGGAUGUAAAAAACUCAGUGAUAUUAAACAACUGAGCCUGAGUGAAUUGGGACUAACCCACCUCCCAGUUGCUUUAUUUAACAGACUCACCAACCUAGAAGAGUUGGACAUAUCUGAUAAUAACUUCACCUCUGUCUCCCCAUCUCUGAACCUGAAGAAGCUGACUAAACUGGACUGUAGCCAGAACCAGUUGACAGAUAUCCAAUUUGUUGCUCAAUUCCCAAAGUUGGAGGAGCUUUACACACAAAACAACAAUCUAGAUGCUUCAGACAGGUACAUAGCAGUGGCCUUGUGUCCCAAGCUGCAGAGAUAUAACAAAACCAGAGAGGCCUCAUUACAUCAAGUAGUCAGUAACUUGAGGAUUAAACUUAGGUCUCAGGUCAAAUCAGUAUGGGAAGCUAGAUAUAAAAGCAAGCUUAAGACAGACAACCUUACAAACAACAAUUUUCAGACUGUUCUAUCGCAGUUCAUGAAUGACCUGAGGAAACAAAAAUUGAUAGAGGGCAAAGAUUUAUUAAAGUAUAAAGAAUUUAUGUUGGAAAGUGUGGCUCAAGAGUUGAUGCAUUCAGUCCAAGGAAACAGUCACGCAGGCGUGUCUCCACGUAAACGUCGCAGGAUAGAGGAGACUGAAGAUGAAGAAAAUUAUGAAAACACAAAUCAUUUCUCAAAGAUACAGCCCAAACCGUGCAUAUUAAAUCUGCCAGAUGUUCCAGAUUAUGAUCCUGUUCAUUUUGUCCGCUGUCAUGCCAAGGACAACAAUCCCUCAGACAACAGAACCAAAGUAUGGAAAUGUGCUUUUGAGCCAGAAUUAGACAACCCGGGAGAGACAACCAACAUUGUGGCUACUUGUGGGGGUGACAUACUCUGUCUUUUAGAUUGCUCAACUGGUAAACUAAUGAUGCGUUACAAGCUACCGAAAGAGCAUUUUUUCACUGUGGCUUGGACCACAGUGUGUAGUAGUACAAGCAGUGGCCGUGGCAGCAAACGCACAAACAUACUGGCCACUGGGGGAAAACUAGGCAUUGUUCAUCUUAUUCACCCAGCUCAACACCUGUGCUAUGCUGAACUAAAAGGACAUACAAAAUAUAUCAGUAGCCUGUUAGUUCAUCCAGAGGAACCAACAUGGUUAUUUAGUAAGAAUAGAUAA